CUGAUCCAGUCCAGUCUCACCACUCGAGUGUGGGCAGUCAUGGUUUCUAACACCUAGCCAGAUAAGCUCCUUCUUUUUGGGAUUUAAAUCUUCCUCUUGCUGGGAAAUGGAGAUAGAAAAAUGUAAAAGAGUCUCUUCAGCAAAAGACAUGUUAUCCCAAGAGAAGCUGAAGGUUCCUUUGGAAUCUGGAUUUCUUAAGUUCACUUUUGUGCCCUCCCUCGGAAGACUGCCAACUCAAUGCUACCUUGCUGGCUGCACAACAUUCUGUAAUGAAGUAAUUGCUGAAACAAAGGAAGUGGAGAAGUCAUCUGCCAUAGGAAGUGGAAACAAGGGAACUGGUGAAGCUGCCAGCUGCCUCAACGAUAAGCACAGACUUUUCAAAUUCCAAGAAGACAAGGCAAAGAGAGGGGGAAUGGAUGGGAAGGAUCUUUUCAGAGCUGAGUUUGUUCUCAUCACCGACUCAGAUGAAGAUACAGAGGCUAUUUUAGGCAAUGGUUACGGACAUGAAAGUUCCAAGGGUUUAACUGCGUUCCAUGUGUCCAGUGGUGAUGAGUGCAAAGGACAGGAGAAUGUGCCACAGAUGCCACAAUACACUAACCUUCCCUGCAGUUCAGCCAGUUCACAGAAAGUCCCUCAGUUAACUUCUCCUCUGUCUGCUUCUGAUCAUCUUUCCUAUAAAUCACCUGCUGCUCCUUUACUUUCUCCAACUAAUCUGAAAGUAGAACAUGGACUGGCCGUUCCAGGCCAUCAGGCUUCUUCUCAGCAAGAAUCUCAUAGCCAGUGGCGGUCUGCCAAUGGAUCCUGCAUCCACCAGACAUCCACGUAUUUCCAGUCUACUACUUCUUCCAGUUUACCUUCCUCCACACCGAAAAUACUUCCUUCCGCAUUUGAGAGCCUUGUAGAUCAUGAUCGGUUACCCCACAAUGUUCAAAGUCACAAACCUGAAAAGGAACCCACCUCUUUGUCACUGCCAUUAAGCAAGGAUCCCUGUCCUCCUUCACAGGUUGUUACUUCAGCAGAUGCUCUUCAGGGCUCGUCCCCUCAGGCUUAUUCUCCUCUUCCUCCCAAGAAACUGGUCUCCUGCCCUCAGGUUCCCAUUCAUAUUACAACACACGUCUUAUCACCAAGUCCCACCCAACUGCCACCUUCUCUACAUGGAUCCUCCUCAGAUAUAUAUAAUGUAAACAGCCACUGUAGCCAAAUGUCCUUCAGUGGGAAUCCACCAGUGUCCAGAGUUAAAUCUCCUCUUCCAACUAGACUUUCUCUUUUGACGGCUAUUCUGAAGUCAGGGUCUUCUCCAAAAAGGCCAUUUUCUCCCGCGUCCUGUCCUGGCACUUUUUCUCCCAAUUCCUUCGAUUCUUCAAUUCUGGCAUCUGAGCAGAAAUUUAAAACUACCCCUCCCACUCCCAAGAAAGCUGCUUCACAGUUUUCUAACUUCAGAUCCGAUUCCCCAUAUCAAGAUGAAGGUUACUUUUCGGGGCUUUCUAAUGUGCCAAGGAACAGGAUGGUUUCCUCAAGGUCCAGUCCUACCCUUCAAACGUGGUCUCUGUCCCCUAAAAGGACGCUUGAUACUGGGGCACAUUCCCCUGACAAACUGCGUCCUUUGUCACCCACAAUUUCCUCCUACAGGAAAACAGUUGUGUCUCCUCUGCUAAAACCCAAACUGACCGGUUUUUCCUUAUCUCCCCAUGUUUUGAGGCAAAGGGUCUUCAAAACACGAGAGCCAGAGAAGUCUACAAAAGUACGCACCUGGUCUCCCACUUUCACUGCCAAAUCCCAUCCGGCACCAACCUUUGCAGUCAACCAAAGGGCCACAGUCUCACCCACAGCACAAAAACUGUCUUACUCUCCGGCUCCUGUACAUUCUAGUAAUCAGCCUAAAGAACACUUGCUACAUGUCUCUGCAAAGGAUCGAGGUACAAAACUAUCAAGUCAUUGGCCUUUUUAUCACCAAGACUCGCCAUCAUCUAUUCCUCCAGGCUGUAACAUCAACUCCCCUUUGCUUCAGACAAACGCAUCAUCCCCUCUUCAUUCAAACUUCAGAACUUGUUCGCCCUGCUCAAGACACAAGUCCUCAGUGAUAACACCACGCGGAUCCCUGGCCAGAAAGCAUUCUCCUUGCCCACAGUUGUCAAGAUCAAGGGAGACUAGCUCACCGCUCUCCUUUUCCUUGCCUUCUGAUUGUGAGAAUAAGACUCCUCAGUCAUACAAGAUCAAUGCAAGCUACAAGACAUUUGCAGCCAUCCCAACAAACACACUGCUUCUAGAACAGAAGGCACUCGAUGAACAAACCAAAGCGGAACUAGAAGUUGAGGACGGAACUCUGGAUACCCAUUCAGAGAUGUGCUCGCCUGCCCAACUCAGGCAACAAACGGAAGAACUUUGUGCUGCUAUUGAUGAAGUCUUGCAAGAGCCUUCAGCCAGGCGCCGAUGUAAUUCCUCUCCAGGCUCCCUGAAGAGCGUACUCGAUUCAAAUAUGAGCAAAAUGUCUACUGUUCCACAGAGGCCAGCUGGUCGGGAAACCAAAUAUGCCAACCUCUACUUAACGGCUCCUGCAGUGACUGAGACACAUAAGAUGUAUAUCCCGCCUUUCCUCCAGGAGCUGAAGGAGGCAUACCUCCAACAACCCUGUGAGACAAAGCCUGGGGUAAUCCGACCAACUACUGUAAAAGCAAAAAUAAUAAUGAAAGAAGAAGAAGAACCUGUCCAGCCAAACCCAUUCAGAAAAUAUUUGGAAGAAAGAAAUGAUCUUCAGACCGAACAGACCACUCAUCCUAUUGUGCCUAUUCCUGAAAAUGAAGCACUCAGUUCUAAAGAGCUUUCUUCGGUCAGAAGAAAAGACAAACCACCCUACCAAGAAGACUUAAAUGAAGGAAAUUUUCUAGACACUGAAAGUCCACACCAAAGAGGUCACUCUCCACUCAGCAGAAGCUCAAGAAAUAAUUUUGCAAAUCUCAGCUAAGUUAUAGCCAUAAAGAUCUGACAUCUAAAUAUGCCAUGUAGCUACUACUUCUUGUGGUCCUGGAAUAGUUUUUAGGCUCUGGAAUCACUGUGCCUUAAAUACCAGCUGCUGUGGUGAAAGUACUGUAUCUCCAUAUUUGUGAGCCUCCGAAAUGCAUCCAAAUUCAGUAACAAUGCAUGCGGGACAAUGUGACUCGAUCCAAUAAUAGAUAUUAAUAAUGUUAUUGUUUUGAAUUUCUAAUAAUGCUUGGGAUCUUUUGGAGGCCUGCUCAAACGAAAGAAGGUGCUGGAGACCGUCAUUUUGCUUUUUAACAUUUUAGAUUUUUUUUUAAAAAAAAACCAAGGUAAUGUUAAGUAUUUCUUGAACGUUAUAUAUAUUUCAUGUUUUAAAUGCUGCAAGCCCAGUAAAAUGGGUAAUGUGGAGGUGCAAAAAGAAAUGCCCAGGAAGACUGGUGUUCAUCACUGGUGAACCUGAACUCUAUAACAGUUCACAACUGGAUUAUAAAGACUGUCUCAUCAUAAACCUGCUGCACGCAUCAUGCUUAGCACUGGUUUGCUUUAAUUGCAGUUUGGCUAAUUUGCAAGAAACAAGUAAGAAUCGGUUGCUGGAUGAGCAAAUUAUUCUUUUGUCACUUGGCCAAAUUCAUGUCUUAUUUUAUCUUCUUUUUAGCAAUUUUUGCUUUACACCCUAAUCCUAAACAUCUUUCAUUGCGGGGUUCUUUGGUGCUCUCUGAGCUUAGCUGUUUUCCUGCAGACAUUUAUUACCCCACCUACGUAACAUCAUCAGUGCUAGUAAGGAGUGGGGUUUCCUUUCUCCCACUCUUUACUAGCACUGAUGAUAUUACCUGCUUCAGUACUGUUGAAACUUUGAAUGGUCACUAAAUAAAUGGUUGCAAAAAUCACGUAAUGUUUUCAAAAGAAAUAAAAUGAAACUAUAUAUUGUACAAAACA